CACUAUUCCUGGGGGCGCUGCUGUAGAAAUGAUUAUGGGUGGAACUUCCGGUUAGAGAGCGGAAGCAGAAGUAAGCGAGUUAGUCACAGGUGUAUGGUGCGUAGCUAACUGUUAUAAGCCGUUAUUUUCUGAAGUAAGUGUUUCUAGAUUGAAAAGUACUGCAAUUUGACAAUUUCUGUUUUAUUUUGUUUUUAUUAUUUUCGAUGGCGUUGCGUUCCUCUGGUACCUGUUGCGCUGUUCGCGGCUGUACGAACAACCAGACUAAGCUAAAUAUGUGGCUUCAACAACAGUGUGUUGAACAUGUACCAAAAACAAAAAGAGAUUGUCCUUGUGACAAACGGUACAGUUUCCAUCGCCUACCAACAGACGAGGAAUUCAAAAGAAUCUGGCUGAAAAACCUAAACUUGAAGAAACCGCCCAAAACACUGUAUGUGUGUUCAUUUCAUUUUGUCGACAAAAAACCAACGGAGGAAAACCCGCAUCCUACUUUGUGGUUGGGCUACGAAAGACCACCAGAGAAGAAACGCCGGGUUCUCAAAAGGAUUUACAGCAGUCCCACGAGAACAUCAGAUGAGCGUGAUGGGUCGGAAGAGAUGAAUGGAGAUGAGGAGUCGUGCACUACAUUAAAGCCCUCUUGUGAUGUCCAAACACAGUGGUUAGACCCAGAGAUGGAGGACCACACCUAUUCAAAAAGGCAAACCAUCAUCUGCAGAGCAAGCACUACACCAAUUCCAAGAUUAUCAUGCCCUGUCGCAGAUAGUAUUUUGAAGAGUGAUGCAGACUCCCUCUUGUAUACAGGGAUUCCACACAUUGCGUUUCAAACCCUUGUAACCUGCCUACAACCAUUUGCUCCUUCUUCUUCAUCCAUGCCUGUUGUGGACCAAAUCCUAAUGACCUUAAUGAAACUUAGGCUAAACCUUGUCAUGGCUGAUUUAGCACGCAGAUUUAAAACAUCGCAAGGUCAGGUAAGCAAGACUGUUGGAAUCUGGAUAGACAUAAUGGCUGAACACACCAAGGAUCUUGUUAUCUGGUUGCCUUGUGAAACAAUCAAAGCUAUGUUGCCGGAAGCUUUUAAAGAACACUUUUCCAACACAACCUGUGUAAUUGACUGCUCGGAGACUGUUUUACAGAAAGCCAAAAACCUGGACUCUAGAAGUGAAUCAUACAGCCACUACUAUGCCAACAACACUGUGAAAUAUUUAGUGGCAAUUUCUCCCUCUGGAAUAAUCAUGUUUAUUUCAGAUGCAUAUGGUGGCAAAUGCAGUGACAGGUACAUAACACAGAACUCAGGGUUUUUGGACUAUUUGCGUCCUGGAAAUGAGGUUAUGGGGGAUCGGGGUUUCACAAUCAGGGAUUUGCUGGAGGAGCGUAGAGUGAACUUAAUCAUUCCAGCAUUUACACGCAAAGGAUGCCAGCUGACCAACGAGGAGGUAACACAUACACGGCGCAUUGCUCAUGCCCGCAUUCAUGUUGAACGGGCAAUAAGGCGUCUGAAGGUGUACAAGAUUCUUUCACAAACAGUGCCAAUUAGCUUGAUCCCAAAAAUUGAUAAAAUUCUCAAGAUCUGUGCUGGUCUAGUGAAUUUAAGAAGUGAGCUUAUUUCAAGUGAAAAGUGAGAACGAGAAGAUAUUUAUUAUUGCAUUUCAACACACACACACACACAUUCAUUUAAUUUUUUAUGACACAAUGUAUAACUUUUGUAUCUUACAUAUGUAAUUAAUAUACCUUUCUAAUGCCUUGCAUUUUUAAUACUUAUUUUUGUAAUACUAAUUUUUAUUUUAAAGGGAUAAUUCACCCAAAAAUGAAAAUUCUGUUGUCAUUUACUCAUCCUUGGGUUGUUUUAAUCUGUAUGAAUUUCUUUUUUCUGAUGAACACAAAAGUAAACGCACAUCAUAUAGUGUCAACGACUUCCAUAGUAGGAAAAACUAUUUUGUAAAUAUUGUAAUAAAGGAUAACAUUAAAAAUGAAGGUAAGCACACACUUGAUGUACUUCAUCAUAUUUUUUUAAUUACUACUAUUGGAAGUCAAUGGACACUAUAUGCUGUGCGUUUACCAUCAUUUCUCAUACUAUCUUCUUUUGUGUUCAUCAGAAAAAAGAAAUUCAUACAGGUUUAGAACAACAUGAGGAUGAGUAAAUGAUGACAGAACUUUAAUUAUUGGGUGAACUAUCCCUUUAACUACAUUUUUGUUUUCAUAUUGAUGCUUUCAUUCAGUACUCUUAAUGUUUGUGAUGUAUACUAUUUAUAACACCUGGUAUCUGCUUACUGUAUUUUCAAAAGAUCCAGGUAUUUGGGGCAGAGCUUCAAUUUCUUUGCAACAAAAUCAUCCACUAAUCUUGGAAGCAUGUGUAAAAAAUAAAAAUUCUGGAGGUGU